AUGCCUAAUCUUCGUAAAUUAACGUUGAGCAUUCGUGAUACACCUGAUAGAAGAUUUUCUCAUGGAUCAACAAUGGAAUCUAUGUUAAAUAAACAUGUUCCUCAUCUUUGUCAAUUUCAUUAUACAAUGGCUCAUCGAGAAAAAAUUGAAGAUUUUCGUCAAUGGUCAUUGCGUAGUGUUUAUUACGAACAUGACAAUGUUAAAUGGAUACAUAUGUUUUCUGUUCCAUGGCCAUCAAAUCAGCAGGACAAACGAGAAGUACCUAUAAUUAAUGGUAACUAUCAUUUAUCAGUUAUAUCAGAUGUUAAAUAUACUCAUUAUCUCAAUUAUGUUAAUAUUAUCACAGAAGAUGAAAUGUUAGAAAUCAAGGAAGAAUUUAGUCGAUCACGUCAACUUCAAAUUUCUAAAUUAAUCCUCAGCGCAGAAACGCCUAUUUGUUCAAUGAAUUUUAUUCCACAAGGAAAUAUUCAUUGUUUGCCGACUGAACGUCGUUUAAUAGAUGAAAAUGAAAUAAAAAUACUGGCUAAUCGAUUUCCUCGUGUCAGAUAUUUAGAAUUAUUGUUUCCAUUGGAAAUAUUAUCAUGUAUAAUAUUCUUUGCAUUGAUGCCAAUAUAUUCAAUGCAAUAUGGAAUUUUGUUACCAAAUGAAAAACAAGAUGAUAAACUUCAAUUGCAAUCAUUUUCCACGAAAUCAGAAUCAACAUUAAUCAAUAAGAUUCUUCAACAUAUUAAAGAGAAAACAUUUGAUGAGAAUAAAUUUUCUGAUUCCUUAAAUACGGAGAAAUUAUUUAACAUUAUGAUGACGUCUGAUUUUGAUCCAUUUCACUAUGAUUACUACAAGUAUUGUUUAGAAACAAAACUCAAUACGUCUUCGUUUGGUCCUUCUAUUAAUUAUCGAAUAAUCGUAUUUACUGUUAUUGCUCCAGUUUAUUCUAUAGUUUAUAGGGUAAUUCGUGAUGAUUUACUUAAUCCUCUGUUGAAUAUCGAUGCCGCUAAUGAAACGAAGAUAAAUAAACUUCAAUCAUUCAUAUCGGAUUUAAAUGCAACAUUUUUUAUGACCUUUACUACGUUUAGCUCCAAUGAAUUUCUCAAUACUUCGAGACAACUACUCAGUUAUCACGAUCUUAAAUUAGCCAUUGAUUCACAUGAAAUGUGCAUAUCUAAUUUGCAGUUUUAUCUACAUCAACUUCAGAAACGAUCGGAUGAUAUAGAGUUAUCUGCUUAUCAAAUGAAAACUUUAUAUUUACAGAAUUUAAAUUUGUACAAUGAAGCCCAACAAAAAUAUUCAAAAUGUUGGUUUUUUUGUGAAAAACUAAAAAAUGAAAUUAACUCUCGGUAUGAACUUUAUAAAGCAUCUUUAGUUGAUGCUUUUAGUAAUACCCAUGAACUUGUUAAAGUGACUGAAGACAUUUCAAAAGCUGGAAAAACUCUUGAUCGUCAUUCUAAAGAACUCAAUCAGAUGAAAACCCAGCUAUUACCUGAACUACAACAAGAAGUUGCUUUCGACAUCAUUAUCGAAAAAUUCAAGGAAAUGUACAACAAUUUGCAAAAUACUUCAAUUGAUUCCAAUAGCUCAGAUUAUAUCAUUGAUUUAUUAUUUCGAAUUCAAUCAAUUAUAAUUCCGUUACACAAUAUCUAUGAUGUUGCUCAAGAAAAUUAUUUUCCAAUACCACCUGCUAAGCCAUUCAUCACAAACGAGGAUAUAGAAAAAAUCAAGUUGAAAAUCACACAAUUGCAAUUUGUUUCACAAGCAAAUGAUACACAAUCAUCAACCACAAUAUUCUAA